ACUGGCAGUGCUGAGAUUGAAAGCGACGCCAGGGUGCGAGAGGCGGUUGCCCGCGCCAACGCCCUGGAGGAAAAACUGCAGGCUCUGCAGAAACAGAUGGAUGUACGUGCUAGCCAUCAUGCCUUUUUGCGUGUAUUUUCCAAUCUUGACCUUCUCUCUGCCCUGAUCCCGUUUUCGGAAUUGGCGCCGUCUAUAAUAUUUCUUUGCCAAGCCAUGUUCAAAAGUUGGUGGACAGGUAAUAGGGUUGGUGACAAGAAGGUUGUGACUGGUCCAGCUCAUCUGAAAAAGCAGUUCACCCGCGUUGCCGUGGUCUUCUCCACGAUUAGCAAGUGA